GCAAAAGCGUGGAUGAAUCGGUUUUAGCAUUCAAAUUACACAUAGUGAGGAGAGUUUCUUAUCAAUAACUAACAAAUAACCAGAUUCCAAUGUUUACUACAGGAGCCACCAAUUACAUUCAUGCAUCUCCUUAGUUUUCUGUGCGUAAAACGUGGAAGAAAAGUUACAGAUAUUUCUCCAUUAGGUGGAGGAAACAACACGGGCCGCUCUCGGGAUUCCCUCACUGGAGAGGAGGUGCAAGGGACUUCGGGAUAAUAGGCCAUAUUGUCAAAGUAUAACGUGUUUUUUUUGUUACGGUCGUGCUGUACGAGCAUGCAGGUCCUACUCGCAUUACUGCUUUGGGGAAGGUGCGCGUUUACGAUGCCAAGACUGACCUCAGGGCCAACCUCUGCCGCUGACAUCACUCCUCACGGCUCGUCGCCUCUGCUUGGAGUCCCAUCAAGGUCUGAGUCUCCCGCUGUGACCGAAGGCGAUGCCUCAACACCAUUCAUUCUCAGGCAGCCACUCAGGACACACACACGAGCGCUCGCACCGCUCCCCGGACAACUUUUAUUCGAGCACAACUAAAGCGUGACGAUGACAGAAGAAAGCAGGGGAAAGCGCAGGAAACAAGCCAACCCGAGGAGAAAUCGAGCAUUGCAGGAGGGAUGGAAGGGAAAUAAGUCAUAAGGCAGCCUGGCAGCAAAUCAGAGGGAGGUGACAUCAUCUAAAUGAUACAAGUAAUAGUGGAUGCUGAGCAAGUGAGUUCACUGGGAUCUGAGGGGGAGGAUGAGGUGGGUUUGUGGAGCCUGGAGCCCCAGGACUGCCAGGAGAGCCUGGACAAGACGAGCCUGACGCCCAGCGAGGGGACGGAGGAGCCCGGCAGCCCUGCUCACCCCACACGGCCGCACAGCCUCAGCCCCGGCAGCAGGAACUGCUGGGGCCAGGUGGAGUCGGAGGCCAAAGCUGCUGAGGACGCUGUCUACACAUCCACUGACAGGGAGGGAGACCAGGAACCACUGAGGAUGUACUGUAAGAACUCAGGCUCCCAGAAUGCCUUAGAGGACCUAGCCCACUAUGAAUUCCUGGCCCAGUUGAGGAAGGCCUCUACCUCAGCCAGUCUCCUGGACCACCUGAACCACAACGGCACGGCGGCCGUUUACCACCCGAGCAGUCGGCAGGAUGAGCUGCCUCCUGCCAUGUGGUCACCAGGAGCUCAGCACUGCUCUCCUGAAGGAACAGAUGCAGGCAGGAGCCAGCAGGCCUGUCCAUUUUGCCACAGGGUUUAUCAGCGAGGAGCUUCUUUGAGGGACCACAUCAGAUACUGUCAGGAGAGGGAGGGGGGCCACAUGGUCUGUCCGCUCUGUGGAUACACUGCCACCCUUAGGUCGCAGAUGGAGCGGCACCUGGCACUUCACAACCAAGUGCAGGACAAGAGUGCCAUCUCUUUGGACCAAGGCAUGGAGACCAGGAAGUUCAAAUGUCUGCAGUGUGGGAAAGCGUUCAAGUACAAACACCACCUCAAAGAGCAUCUGCGCAUCCACAGCGGUGAGAAACCUUAUGAGUGCUCCAACUGCAAGAAACGUUUCUCUCAUUCUGGCUCCUACAGCUCCCAUUUAAGUAGCAAAAAGUGCCUGAAUGGUGGAGGGCUUGGAGGGGGAAACGCAGCAGGAGCCAGUGGGGCUUUUAAUGGACAUAGCCAAAGCUCGUACCACCACUCAUUUCCAACGUCUCCCUCUGCUGGUGGGGGUAGAACCAGUAAUGACAAGGGCUCUUUGUUGGUUUCACAAAACCAAGACAAUACUAGGCUUCUGGGUCGAGUACCAGCGGAUCCUCACCAGCUUUCACUGCAGGAAAUCAACCAAAACACGAGUUUCAGCGGUACAUCGGACCUGGCGAGGCUUUGGGACCCCUCAGCAGAGCUCUCUCUGAGGGCCAGCAUCCUGAAAGGGACUACUCUGUUGCCUUAUAUCCACUCUGGGAACAAAUUUGAGCAGAUGCUGCAGGAGAUGCUCCACAUGGACGUGAAGAAAGAUGAGGAGAAGGACAGAGAAGGAGGAGAGGUCGAGGAAAGGAGGAUUCACAAUGGAGGAGGGCCCGAGAGGAAGGUGUCUCCAGAUAGGAGAAGAGAAGCAGUGAGAUCAGGUGAAGCAGAGAGAGGAAAUCUUGGGGUAACAUGUCGCUGGUGCUCGCAGCUUUUCCCCAAUGUAGCUGUUCUCCUGCAGCACGAGCGCUACCUCUGUAAGGUCAACAGAGAAGCAGUGGAAGUGCCAGAGGGUUUUCGUAGGAAAGACCACUCCUCACCGCCUUUAUUCUUCCCCAGACCUGCUCUUCAGUUGGAGAACAGCAAACCUAGCGAAGUAACCAACGGCCUCUCUGGAAACAAGUCACCGUUACAGAAGCCCAGCUGGCACUCUGUACCGCAACAGCUUCUGGUUGCGGUACACUCUCCACCUCAGCCCCGCCAUGAUGCCCUGUCUUCACGAGUGUUCUGGUCCGGCCAGGAGAAAGGCAGCCCAAGUCAGAUGAUUCACCAUUCCCCCAAGCUGUCAUCACCUCGAGGCAGAAGGAGAGUUCCCUCCUCAGGGUUCAGUCCCCCCGCCUGCCUCGACCUCACCAGCUGUCCUCCUGAGCUCUCCUCGCCCCAGAAAGAAACCAGCAGUCCCUGGUCUGCACAGAACGAACCUCUGGACCUCUCCCUGCCCAAGCAGCUCUCAGACCAAGAGGGGAGGAACAAAACGAUCAAUGGCAUGUCACCCAGGAGAGAGAGGAGGGAGCUCGGGUCCCAACAGCUCAGAAGACCAAGUCCAACUUCACACCUUCCCCUGCACCAGCACUCAGUCUUCAGUGGGGCUGGAGCUCCUGUGUUUCCAGGCUCCUUAUACAAUGGGUUUCCUAUCUUCAGCCAGUCUGGAGUUGGGCUUUCAGGGCAUGAAGGCAUCUCACCGAUUCCGUUCAGCCAGACAGCUAACAGUCCUGGGUUUCUCUCUCCUAUGGCUUACAUGAUGGAGGCCGAUGCAGAGGCAGCAUUGAAAAAGAUCUACCAGGACAGACAAGGUCUGAUGGGUGAGGCAUUAAGCCGUGGUGCUCUGGACUACCUCUCUCUAAUCGACGAAGGGUUUGAGGGAGAAGGAGGGCCGGGAAGGAAGAGACUGAAGAAGACAGACGAGGGGCUUUAUGCUUGUGACAUCUGUGAAAAAACCUUCCAGAAGAGCAGCUCUCUGCUCCGACACAAGUACGAACACACAGGCAAGCGUCCUCAUGAGUGCAAGAUCUGCAACAAGGCCUUCAAGCACAAGCAUCAUCUGAUUGAACACAGCCGGCUACACUCUGGAGAGAAACCCUACCAAUGUGACAAGUGCGGAAAACGCUUCUCGCACUCAGGCUCUUACUCCCAGCACAUGAACCACCGCUACGCCUACUGCAGCAAAGACCAAGAUCCAGACCAAGACCACGAGGAGAUGCCCCUCACCCCAGGCGUAGGCAACAACCUGGCGGGCCGUCUUGCCGAAGACACCCCUCUGUCCAUGGAUGACACCCAAACUCCCCACUCCUUCCUCAGCGAUUCCAGUCUGGAUGGAGGUCCGGAUGCCCUCAAAGAGGAGGAGGAAGACGAGGCGAGAGUGAUUGACGGCCACAUGGAUGAGGCACAUGUAGGUUUGUCAGAGGCAGCAGAGGAGCUUGGAGGAAGUCCAAUCCAAAAAUCACCUGCAGGAGAGAACGGAAUGCAACAUGAGAGAAACAGUUAUGACGUCAGAAACCAUAUUGGCAAUAAUGAGAGCCACAUCUGGGACCGAGACACUGAGGGCCAGAAUGGAGACUUGGACAAAUGUGAAUUGAGCCUGGAUAUAACAGAGUUACCCAGAAUAAAAACUUAAGAUGACUUAAAGAAGCCAUUACAAUGCAUAUAUUGAACGCAUUACAACUUUUGAUCCUUAUUUUCUCAUAUAUAACAGCUCAGCUGAGUUUUUUGUUUUGUUUUGUUUUGUUUACUCAUUUUAAAACAAGAAACAAUGCACAGAACUGCCAAAGGAUUCAUAGCCUUAAAGUGGAUGAAGCCAUGCAAACAAAAUAUAUGUGACAAUACAAAUUACAGUAUUUUUAUCAUGUACAAUAGACUUGAUUUACCAACAGUGUUUUUUGUUUGUUUGUUUGUUUGUUUUGUUGUUUUCCAAGACAGCUAAAACAUGUGGGUUGACUGGUCUGAGUUCAUGUCACAUUUCCAGAUGUGAUAUUGCAGAUAUCUCUGUUUUACAUGCUUGCUGCUGUUUCCUGUUGCACAAUACAAACACAGAGGGGGGUUUUUUGUAUUUUCAUGUCCAGGAUUCAAUAGAAUUUUCCUUUUUGCUUUAUUUUGAUUGAUCACAUUUUACAUCAGUAAGUGGGCAGAGAAACUAGGCCCUGAAGGAAAUGUUUGCAGGAUGGAAACACAUCUCAUCUUAAUUAAAUGUGCCAUCAAGGCCAGAGGUUAAAGGUCGUAUUACCAGAUUCACCACAUACCUACUUAGUAUAUUUAUUCCUCUUAACGUUUCUAUUUAAAUUCUUAUGGUGUUAUUCGAUACAAAUCUCAUAAGAAUUACCAAAACCUGUCAGAUGUUUUCGGCUAAAAUGCACAUGCAACUAUCACUUUGUCCCAAAGCCAGUGAGCGCUUGAGUAUGUAGAGUAGAAGUUAUCGUUGCAGGACUUUUGUCAUUUAUGCUGUGAAAUCACAAGGUACAACCAACUUGUCUCUUCAGGUCAACUAUGGUGCUCAGUGGCUUUAAUUAACUACCGAUCUGUUUGAUGUUUAGAGUGAGCAGUGAAAUGAGGAAGAACUGGAAGGUGGUUGUUUAUUUAUUGUUUAAACAAAAAGCAGUGGACUGCACCUUUUUAACGCCAUGCCUUGCUGGGGGACGGACAUUUCUGCAUUUUCUGUACGGGAUGUUAAAAGUGGGCAACAGAUGAAGUCAGUCUUUGGGGGUUUUUCCCUUGAGGGAGCAAAUACAAUUUGCAAUGUCUCGCUGUUUGUAUAUUAAUCACUCGGAGCUGCAUGAUCUCAUUUAAUGCUAAAACGUCUGCUAUUUCUCGUACUAAUUUACAUGUGCUGCAGUCUAUUUUCACACCCCAGGAAUAAUAAUGUGUCACACAUUUGGGCUUGUCUGUUGAGGUGUGGCAAGACGGUCAAGACUCAGGACACAUACAUCGGUUUUAGCUUCCUCUUUCUGACUGCAGUGUAGUCAACGUGAAAAGUGCCUCAGAUGUACUGUGAGUAAUCUGAAAAAAACAAAGCCUUGGUACAAUGAGAUAAGAUGGUGAUGCAUGAGGUGUGACUAAGCUUGCAGCAUUCAUGCAUGCGCGCCAAAGACAAUUCUCGGUCAUACCAUGUUUGUGUGUACGUAUGUGCGUGUGAGCGUGUGUGUGUGUGUGUGUGUGUGUGUGUGCUUGUCACCAAAGAUAUGCCAACUGCCACACUUCACUUGUAUUGUUCCUCACCUGUUAUUUUUGGGGUCAAAGAAUAUGCAAAACAAAAAAACCCAAUCAUUCAGUAUCUGCACACUUUUUUUUUUACAUUAGCGGCAGUUUUGUAUUUCCUCCUCACACCAAUGCAACUUUUGUAUCAACUUUUUAUAUAUUUCUUUGCAUGUUUGUGGAUAUUUGUAAUAAAAAUGUACAUAUUUUGUCACCGGAA